GUUUAACUUUCCCCAACCCCUUUUGUUUCAUCAAAAACAACAAUGUCCAACCAAAAUUAAUAGUUUGCUUUAUUAUAAUCAUCUCAAUAAUCCUUGAUCGAUGAAUAGAUGGCAGAAUUACCUAUUCUCUCCUUCCUAAACAAGAGACGACCCAUCAAAGCCAAAACCCAAUUGACAGUAGAAAAUAACGACUUUGAAAUCGAGAUUAUCAACACCAAAGUUGUUCAGAAUAAUUUCACUGUCUAUGAAAUUAAAAUAUAGAAAGGAACUCUUUUCUGGAUUUUUUAAACUCGAUAUAGCCUUUUGGAAAGUUUGAGUUCAAAGUUAUCAAAGAAUCUCAAAUCCAAUUUACCAAAAUUUCCAGAAAAAAGACUUUUUGGAAAUCUCGACAAUGAUUUCAUUGAAAAAAGAGGAAAAUAACUUGAUUCCUAUUUGAAAGCAUUGUUUAAAUUGGGAAGGAGUGAAAAUACCGUACGAGAAUUCGUACGCCAAACCUAAAAAGCAGCAUUUAUGAUCAACGACCCUGCUGCUGUGAAAUUGUUCAAUCUAGAUGCAUGAAAUAUAUUAAAUCAACAUAAAACAAAUUAUAUAUUUUGAAUCAUUCAUUAA